AGAGGGGAGCAGGUCGUGAUGUUCGAAUACCUUGGAGCAUGAGGCUAAUACUAAGUGCAUACCUACAGAUAACUGAAAACCUAUCUGAACCAGACCUUCAUCUUGUAAUUGAUCAUCUUGUCAGCAAACGCAUGGUCAGUGAGGAUGAAAGAGCUGCCAUACUUCAGCAGCCAUCCAGAGUGGAGAAAGUCCAGGAGAUGCUGGACACUCUACUCUCAGGGGAGAGGGAGGAAGCUGACGAGGCCCUUUAUAAUGCUCUGCUGCUUGUAGAGCAGGAUGACAUGGCAGACAUGUUAUUCAGUUGGUGCUGGUUGAAAUGGGAGCUUCUAUACAGAUACAGAUGCGAUCAACGUGAACUGAUACACGACAUCAGCAUCAGAAAUGAACUCAUUGAAAUAUUCUGGGAGAGAGAUCAUCCAUCCACCAGUUUACAGCCAACAACUGCCACACGUAAUACAUGUACAACAGAGGAUCGUGUGGUCCCCUGGAAGGUCACUGAAUCCAGGAAUGGCAGGUUUUUGAAGUCCACUAUCUGUGGACAGUGGGUAAACUCCGGCUCUGAAUCUGGACAGAGGGAAUGGGGAGGUUACAAGGCAGUCAUAGACAUAGAAACAGUGGAAGAGAUUUUAGGAGGCCAUGCAAUGAAGCGAGGGCAGCCGGUGCAGGAGAUCUUGGCAAGUAUGCCAGGGGUACCCCAGGAAACGUUAUUCAUUCUUAACGUGACCCAGCGCCCCGACCUGAAAACCAAGUGGAAGCGCUUGCUGACAGGGAAAAUUUUUCCUGAUGCCAAGGUUCUCCUUUUUGAGGGCAGUGACGGCCAGGGGAUAACACGAGGAGGGAAAAAGAGGAAACUUAAUGGGUGCUCGUGUGAGCUUAAUGGGGAAGGAAUAGAGGGCCAGAGCUCAACGCUGAAUUUCUGCCCCGUUUCAUAGACAAAGACCCACGUACUUUCACGUUGUAGUUAGAUUUGAAAUAAAAACGAUCUUACUGAGGGUAAUAGAACAAAUAACGCUGGCUUCAACAUUGGUUAGUUGGUAUUUUUAAUCAGGGAAAAACGAUACUCAGGGAAUUACAAAUGUGUGACUGAAAAAAAGAAGAAAAAGAAAAAAGAUUGUUCAGUGGAUAGAUAGAUAAAGAUGCGGCAACAAGUUGCCAUUCUGAUCCACUGGGAUAAUGAAGUUGAGGGAACGAAAAAUGUAUUCUUAAUUCACCUUAAAGUUAUAAAAUCGUCUUAAGCAGUAAUCCUACCAUGGGUGAUCACGAAAUAGAGUGGAUCAAAUGGUGGAAUGCUCUCCUCUGGUACAAUAGGUUGUGGGUUCAAUCCCCAGCCGGGUCAUACCAAAGACCAUCAUAAAAAUGGUACCUACUGUCUCCUUGCUUAGCACUCAGCAUAUAAAGGUUGAAGUAGGGAACAAAGCCAGUACUGUUGAAUGACUGGUAACAGAGGGCCAUGUGGAAGAUAAGCUUGUGCUUCACAUGUGUACCCCUCUUUAAGGGGUAAAAAGUAAAAAGUAAAAAACAAAAGUGAAUAAGUAAAAUGUCGGUAAAUGUCAUGUCAUGCCGUAACCUAAAAUGGUUACAGACGGUUUUUAGUUUGCACGAAUUAAUCAGUAAUAUGAAAGAAUUACAAACAUCAUUAAUCGGAAUUUGUAGAAUAUUAGAUGUUACCAUGAUAUAUUUAUAUAUAUCAAAAAGUAAGUAUA